GAACACUUCUUCUUCAGAUUCUUUUAAGUUUAAUUUCUAGCAAUCGAGCUUAAUUGCUAGAAAUGGCAAUGGGGAGAUGGCCAGGCUUCUGGCCUCAUCUCGUAUGUGCUUUGGCGUUCUGCCUUGUAGCCACCACUGUGGUAGCCAACUAUCCGGAGCACCACUUCAAUUACCCACCAUAUGGCUACUCUUCACCACCAAAGCAUGCAUGGUUCCCACCAUACCACAACUCCCCAUUCCCUCCAAAGCAUUUUUGGUAUCCCCCAUACUUCUACAUGUCACCACCUCCACCUCCACCAUCACCAUCUCCUUCUCCACCAUAUAUUUACAAGUCUCCACCUCCACCAUUGCUACCUCCUCCUUAUGUCUAUAAGUCCCCACCUCCACCAUCACCAUCGCCUCCAUCAUAUAUUUACAAGUCUCCACCUCCACCAUCAUCAUCGUCACCUCCUCCUUAUACCUAUAAGUCCCCACCACCUCCUCCUUCUUCACCACCCCCACCAUAUGUCUAUAAAUCUCCACCACCCUCUCCCUUUGUCUAUAAUUCUCCACCUCCACCAUCAUCAUCACCACCUCUUCCAUACAUUUACAAGUCUCCGCCUCCCCCAUCGUCAUCACCUCCCCCUCCUUAUGUCUAUAAAUUCCCGCCACCACCAUUGCCAUCCUCACCACCUCCUUACUACUAUAAGUCACCACCACCUCCUUCACCAUCACCUCCCCCUCCAUAUUAUUACAAGUCUCCUCCACCAUCAUCACCCUCUCCACCACCUCCAUAUUACUAUAAAUCACCUCCUCCUCCCUCUGCAUCACCACCACCUCCAUAUUAUUAUGUGUCACCUCCACCACCAUCACUAUUACCUCCCCCUUUCCACCAUUACAAGCCUCCUUGUCUACCCCCAUUUCACCAUGAGCAUCCUCCAUUCCACUACAAAUCCCCAGCUCCACCAGCCAAGAGUCCUCCUUAUUAUUACAAGUCACCACUCGCCCCAAAGGGCUAUUGA